ACCGCUCAUGCGUAAACAACGAUGCAAAGUGCUAAGCUAGUCGGCGAAUUGCGAGAUUUUAAGCCCUCGCUAAAGUUUAUGGUCACUAAAAUGAGUGAAGGAGCUGGACCAAGUAAAAAGGCAAAAACUGGACCAAGUAAAAAGGCAAAAACAUAUCACUUCCAUACGGAAUGGGAGGUGGACUUUUUUUUCACAAUGUCUUUUUCGAAGUGCGUUUGCCUCAUACGCCAUUCUACCAUCGCAGUACCAAAGAAGGGAAAUGGGGAGUAAUGUGGAGGUAAUUACAAAAAAUGUUAACUGUUAAUUAUGUGUGUUUUGCAAUAUUGGCUCAUUUGGUUAUGUAAGGUACAUCAACAUACAUUGUACGUACAAAUAAUCCUCAAUACAUUUGAAAAUAAAUAGAUGUUUUGCAUUUUUGUAGUGGGUAGAUCAUUUUGACUCGGUCCUUUUAAAAGUAGCUCGCAUGCUGAAAAAGUGUGAGCACCCCUGGUGUAAACCAAGUCCAAUGUAUUCUCCCCUCUGGUAGCAAAAUCCACAUGCUGGUAAAAAAAAUUGGAACAUAAACUCAAUGUCCACACAGCAGUGACUGGAGACCAGGGUAGUGUUAUUACACCAGCUGUUAUUAGUGUAGAUGCAAAGACCCCCCCAUCCACCCACCCACCUGGUUUUACCAGUGACCGCACGGCUCCUGUCGGACCUGAAAGUCCAGUGAACAAAUGACAUUUGAAGACAGAUAAAAGGCAGGUCCUCCCUUCCAUCGAUCCUGGACAGUCGAGACAAGAUGGAGAGACUCUUCCUUGUAAUGGUGAUGCUUGCAUCGUGUGGUGCAGCACCCACAGAUCUUUUGGGCAAAGUGUUUGUCUUCCCCAAGGAGACCAAAACAGAUCAUGUCAAACUGUUGACAUGCACGUCGUCGUUGGAUGCCGUGACGGUCUGUCUCAGGUUCUUCACAGACCUCACCAGGAGCUACGCGCUCUUCUCUUUGGCGACGCCCAAACGAUACAACAGCUUUAUGCUCUUAAAGCUGAACAGGAAAGACGUCAUCAGGGUGCACGUUCGGGAUGGCAGCACGGACUUCCUGUCCCUGUCCUUCCCCCCCAACUCCUGGCACUCCAUGUGCGCCACCUGGAAUUCCCAGAACGGUAUGGUGCAGUUGUGGGUGGACGGCAAGCAGACCGUGAAGAGGUUCAUCCAAUCGGGGCAGCCCAUCAGCGGUGAAUUCAUCACCAUCCUGGGCCAAGAGCAGGACACCUACGGUGGAGGCUUUGACGCCUCUCAGUCGUUCAUCGGGAUGAUCUCCCGGCUUCACGUGUGGGACUACGUGCUCUCUGCCGCUGAGAUCCGACGCUACGUGGAGGACGCCAACUUCAGCCCGGGCAACGUCCUCAACUGGAGAUCUCUCGACUAUGAAAUCGUUGGCAGUGUUUUGGUGGAAGAAGAGAUCCUGUAGCAGCGUGAAAGGAUGGCGACAGUGUAUGGAGUGGGCCGCAGCAGCUUGAGAAAAAUAAAAAAUAAAGAUCAACACUUUUU